AUGCUGAGCUCCUGGUCAUGGCCCCAGAGUACUGAACAGUCCCUGGCCCUGCCUGUAAAAAUGUACCUCCCCAUCAGUGGGCUGCUUGUGACCCUAGUGGUGCUGAGGACAACGGUGGCAUUCGCACCAGUCCCUCGGAUCACCUGGGAGCAGAGAGAGGUAGGUCUGGUACAUUUCCACGAACCAGGUGUCUCCAACUAUUCGACCUUGCUGCUCAGUGAACACAGAGACACUCUCUACGUGGGCGCCCGCGAGGCCGUCUUUGCUGUGAAUGCCCACAAUAUUGCCGAAAAACAGCAUGAGGUAUAUUGGAAGGUCUCAGAAGACAAAAAAGCAAAAUGUGCUGAAAAGGGAAAAUCUAAACAGACAGAAUGCCUCAACUACAUCCGAGUGCUGCAGCCACUUGAUCCCCAAACUCUUUAUGUGUGUGGGACUAAUGCUUUCCAGCCAACCUGUGACCAUCUGAGCUUAGCACCCUUUACGUUCCUGGGAAAGAAUGAAGAUGGCAAAGGAAGAUGUCCCUUUGACCCAGCACAAAGCUACACUUCUAUCAUGGUUGAUGGAGAACUUUACUCUGGGACAUCAUACAACUUUCUGGGAAGCGAACCUAUCAUCUCCCGCCAUUCUUCCCAGAGUCCCUUGAGAACAGAGUAUGCAAUACCUUGGCUUAACGAGCCCAGUUUCAUCUUUGCUGACGUGAUUCGAAGAAACCCUAAUGACACAGAGGGUGAGGACGACAAAGUGUAUUUCUUCUUCAUGGAGGUGUCGGUGGAAUAUGAGUUUAUCUUCAAGCUGAUGAUCCCGAGGGUAGCAAGAGUGUGCAAGGGAGACCAGGGUGGACUGAGGACAUUACAGAAGAAGUGGACAUCCUUCCUAAAGGCCCGGUUGAUCUGCUCUAAACCAGACAGCAACCUCGUCUUCAACAUGCUGCAGGACGUGUUUGUUCUCCAAGGCCCCUGGCUGAAGGAGCCUGUGUUCUAUGCCAUCUUCAUCCCGCAGCUGAACAACGUGGGGCUGUCGGCGGUAUGUGUCUAUAACCUGUCCACAGUGGAAGAGGUCUUCUCCCGAGGGAAGUACAUGCAGAGCACCACUGUAGAACAGUCACAUACCAAGUGGGUGCGCUACAACGGGGCAGUACCCAGGCCACGGCCUGGAGCGUGCAUCAACAGUCAGGCCCGGGCAGCCAACUUCACCAGCUCCCUCAACUUACCUGACAAGACGCUGCAGUUUGUGAAGGACCACCCUCUGAUGGACGACUCUGUCACUCCCACCAGCAGCAAGCCCCAGUUAAUUGCAAGAGAUGUGAACUACACACAGAUCGUGGUAGACAGGGUGCAAGCUCUGGAUGGGACCAUCUAUGAUGUGAUGUUCAUCAGCACAGACAGGGGUGCUCUGCACAAAGCCAUCAACCUGGAGCACAGUGUGCAUGUCAUUGAGGAGACACAGCUCUUCGAGGGCUUGGAGCCAGUCCAGACCCUACUGCUGUCUUCCAAAGAGGGCAAAAGAUUUGUGUAUGCUGGCUCCAACUCAGGCCUGGCCCAGGCCCCAGUAGCCUUCUGUGGGAAGCAUGGCACAUGUAUAGACUGUGUGCUGGCACGGGACCCUUACUGUGCCUGGAGCCGGCAUUCCGCCACCUGUGUUGCCCUGUACCAGGAGCAUGGCUCUAGGAGGGGUUUGAUUCAGAGCAUGAGCGGGGAUGUGUCUGCUUGCCCUGAUAGAGUUAAGGAAAGUUACGGGCAGCAUUUUUUCAAGCGUGGUGGCACAGUGGAGCUCAAAUGUCCCCAGAAGUCCAACUUGGCUCAAGUGAUAUGGAUGUUCCAGAACAGCGUGGUAAAGGCUGACAGCCUCAAGUACAUGCUGCUGGGCAGAAAAAGCCUCCUAAUCUUCAACUUGUCUGAAGGGGACAGCGGGGUGUAUCAGUGUCUGUCAGAGGAGACAGUGAAGAACAAAACAGUCUCUCAGGUGCUUGCUAAGCAUGUUUUGGAGAAGAUGGUCUCGCACACUCCAGCAGCUCCCACCCAGCUGUUCACCCAGACAAAUGACAGCAGACUUGCCCCCAGAGUGUUGGCAGAGACCAUGCCAGGGGCUUCUUCGCAAUCACCAGAUCUGCAGGUCACUGCACCUGGUGCUGUGGUGACCUCGCCCUCCCACCUUGUGCCCACCAGCACACCCUGCCAACCAAAGAUUGUCAUCAACACUAUCCCACAGGUACACUCUGAGAAUACCAUGUAUCUCAAGUACAGUGACAAUCGCCUGCUCAUGUUUCUCUUCCUCUUCUUCUUUGUGUUAUUCCUCUGUCUCUUUUCAUACAACUGCUACAAAGACUAUCUUCCUGGACAUUGUCUCAAAUUCCGCUCCAUUAUGCUACUUGGGAAGAAAAAGCCUAAAUCUGAUUUUUCUGACUGCGAGCAGAAUGUGAAAGAAACAUUGGUGGAUCCGGGGAGCUUCUCUCAGCAAAAUGGAGAACAGCCCAAGCCAGCUCUGGACACUGGCUACGAGACAGAGCAGGACACCAUUACCAGCAAGCUCCCCACUGACCGAGAGGACUCACAGAGGAUCGAUGACUUUCCCACCAAGGAUGAGCCAUUUGAUGUGAAAUGUGAGCUGAAGUACGCUGACUCAGACGCUGACGGGGACUGA